AGACCGUGGACAUUGGGCUCGAGCAGCUCUUUGGGCGAACCGACUGCUCAAAUCGUUGGUGUUAUGUGCCUGCAGCUUGUGUGCGGUAUUGUACUUGUGUGAAUGACCGAAACACAUAUCGGCACUGGCACCGAGCACUCCAAGUACAACGUUGUGUAUGAGAAGGCGACCCCAGAGAUCUACGACCAGUGGGCCAAAGACGGCUACAACGAACAGGCUGGGAGAUUCUCGCGUGGAUCUCUGAAAAGUGUCUCGUCUAAAUGUCAGCAGCACCUGGCUCACACAAGCUUGAAGGUCGUGAAAACACUCGAUGCGGGAUGCGGCACGGGAAACGUGGCUGAAGUGUGCAAUGAGGACUUGGCAAACAAAAAAUGCUCAUUCAGGUAUGAUUGGUGGGGUCUGGACUUCAGCGAGGCCAUGCUUGAGGUGGCGAGGCAGAAACACAGCUUAUUUACCAACCUGGUCCAGGGAGAUCUGAAAAAGACGCUUCCCUACAAGGACGAUUUCUUCGAUCUGGUCGUCAGUGCUGGUACUUUUUUGCAGGGGCAUGUUGGAUCCGAGGCUGUGCCAGAGCUAUGCCGCAUCCUCAAACCGAAUGGCUACAUGAUAUUUACCGUGCGGCCUCAACUGUUCCAGGAUACGAGGGAGGCCUGGUUUAGCCAGCUGUCGAAGGGUGGAAUGACAAUCGUGGGUGUUGACAUGAUGCCAUACGCGGAGGGCAUGGAAGCACCAGUCAUAUCAUGCAUCAAGGGGCCCAUGAAGAUGACUGUAAGCAAUAACAAGGGUGCCAGUAUUUACAUGAAGGCAGCUAGAGAUCUCUUUAUGGGCAUGGGGUCCGAGGACUUAGAGGACGGUCGAACGGCGAUGGAGGCCAAGCCUCCCGUCAAGGAGCUGCUUAUUUCUGGACUUGGUCAAGCCAUCCCCGUCGCGACCGCAACGGCCGCUCGCGUGGAGGCGGAUGGGUUGGGCAGAAUCGCGAAGAUAGAGACAUGCUAUUCAGUGAUGCCGAGUGGGCGUAGUUGUGCGCAGAUUCAAGUCACGGUUGAGAGAGCCAUGUGAGCGGUUUCGAAUAAAG